AUGAGCUACACCAGCUGUUCCUCGGGCUGCCAGACUGCCUGCUAUGUGCCCAGCUCCUGCCAGCCAUCCUCCUGCACAUCCAGCUCCUGCCAGGCAUCCUGUGUGCCUGUGAGCUACAGGAAAGUUGUAUGUGUUCCCGUGAGCUGCAGGCCGGCUGUGUGCGUGGCCCCCUCCUGCCAGUCCUCUGUGUGCCUGCCUGUGAGCUGCAAGCCGGUCGUGUGGGUGGCCCCGUCCUGCCAGUCCUCUGGGGUCUGCCAGCCCCUCCGCCCCAGCCUGGUCUGCAGACCCCUCUCCUGCAGCACCCCUUCCUGCUUUUGA